CCCAUUAUCUUCCACCAUCGACGCAGAGUAAAAGCAGAGAGAAAGAGAAUGGAGGUCAGUGCAGCGGUGGCUACGGCGGCUGCCGCCAUAUCCGUCAAGAGCAUGGAGUUGAAAUGGGUGAGCAGCAGAGGCAAAACCCAGAUGGAAAAAACUAUAAAAACGCCAUCAAAGUCCAAAUCGCCAUUUCCUCUGCAAGCCAUGGUCCCAAUUUUCAUAUCCACAAACCCAUCUCACGUACAUCCAUCCGACCUCCGAGACCUCUUCACCGCCUGCAACCUCUCACCCCACCGGUUCCCCAAUUACGCCGACGACGGCGGCGUUGAAGCCGUCGACUUGCACAAGCUGCGCAUUGCUCUCUCCCACAGCUCAGUCCUGGUCUCGGUCUUCUGCAAGCCAAGUGAAUUAAUUGGUGAUUCAUCAUCGUUAUCCUCUUCCAUCGAAACGCAGCAGCAAAAGAGGAAGAAGAAGAAGAAGACGGUUGGUUUUGGGGAGUUGCUUCAGAAUGCGGUGACGCCUGUUUCACCAUCUAACGGUCAGUUGGUCGGCUUUGGCCGCGCCGUUUCCGAUCUCGGACUCACCGCCUCCGUAUACGAUGUCAUGGUGAUUCCUUCGUUGCGGGAAAUGGGAAUCGGCAGGAUGAUUGUUAGAAGAAUCAUAAGAAUACUCACAAGUAGAGACAUCUAUGACAUAGCAGCCCUUUGCUCAGAUGAUGAGAGGUCAUUCUUCAAAGGGUGUGGCUUUGGGGAUGACAUUUUGGCCUCCACUGCAAUGAUGUAUACAAGGAGUAGUAUUUCAACUGAUCCUGAAGGCAAUGAACAGAUGAUUAAACGUGCCGGUCGGAAGCUAUUGCUAGUUCCACCCCUCUUAAAUACCUUAGAACGCAAGAAGACUAGGAAAUCAUAAAGCCCAGCCUCUAUAUACCCUUGGCUGAAGCAUCGAGAUUCGAGACCCAAAACGAACUCCUUUCUUCUUCUGUUUUCCUGAAGGAGGAAGGGAGUAAGCUAGUUUACCUGUAAGCUUUUGAUCAUGAAAA